CGACCCGCGUCACCUACCGACACCAUUUCUGGCACAUCACACACCGGCUCAGUGUACACCUCGACCCCGAGCAGCUCUGCAGGACAACUGCCUCGCUAUGGAACGGACGACGUGGUACUAACGUGGCGUUCUAGUGAGCCGGAGCCUACUAUUCCGCAAAAGUGAGCAUGUCGCACUUUGGCUCGAAAAGCCUAAAACAGCAUUGUGGCAGCGUGACGUACAGCUUCUCUCAGCUAACCUACCGGUCGAUGCUGCUCCUUCCUCCCUCGACUUCUUCGGACGGCCGGCCGCUGUAUCACAUCUCAGUCGAAGUCAACUGUUUCCGCCCGGGGUCACACAUCACGGUCAUACGGCGCGGCGGGUCAGAGAGCGGGGCGUACGUCGGCGAGUACGAGAUUGGCUUGCCGGCACGGCUAAACAGAGUGACCAUUGGUCCGGUCGCCAAGAUGCUGAUGCGGCCUGUGCUCUCUUGGCAUCACAACGCGGUCCGCUUUGAGUCACCUCGCCUCCGCUGGAACUUCGACGGCAUCGAUCUGCGGUGGGAUCCAGAGAUCUCGGCACAGACUCCUAAAGGGCGAACCUUCAAGUGCACGUGUCCUAACCCGGCGAACAACAAAGCGCUACUCCGCCUCGCGACCUUCCACCCUCCGGACCCGUUGCGCGCCAUAAGUGGUGCGCGUCCGAUGGCGAUGCUGACGGUCGAGAAGGAAGGUCAGCUCCUUAUGGAUCACAUCCUCAUCACGGCAUUGCUAUUGCAGCAGGACAGCUAUCUUGUUUCCUAAUCAGAGAUCUUGGCUGCAUCGAACUCGUUGUACUGCGUUGGUUCUGGAGCAUAGCUACGUUCCUACGAGUGUAAUACAAGUAAGGCGCGUAAUGGACAAGGCACUUGCAAAUUAGGAGGCAUAGAAAGUGACGGUGUCACUUUCUAUCAACCUAGGUUUGUUCAUCCUGAUUAUAUAGAUAUUGCUAGCAGCUAUCUAACCGCCGAAACGGUUCUGG